AUGUGCCCGUGCCCCCUGCACCGCGGCCGCGGCCCCCCGGCGGUGUGCGCCUGCAGCUCCGGCCGCCUCGAGCAGCGCGCGGCGGCGGCGGCUCAGCUCACGGCCGCCCGCCUCAAGGCGCUCGGGGACGAGCUGCAGGAGCGGACCAUGUGGCGGCGCCGGGCGCGGAGCCGGCGGGCCGCAGCCGAGGCGGCCGGCGGCGGCAGCGGGCUCCCAGUCUACUGGGCUUGGCUGUGCGCGGCCGCUCAGGUGGCGGCGCUGGCGGCCUGGCUGCUCCGGAGGAGGAACUUGUAGGAGCGCGGGGGCUUCUUGGCGGGGGCCGAAGCGGAGACCGAGCCGGAGCCCAAGCAACAGGCUGGAGAAAAUCCUGUGUCCUUGGAGCAAGCUGGAUCCCAUUUUCCUGGAGGGAAUCCAGAACAUGAGUAGCCACUGGCCCAGAAGGGUGGCACUAUGAGCGGAAAGUGGAGGACAUCAAAACACCUUGGGCAACGGGAAUGCCAAAUUGGACUGGAGGUGACCUUCAGACAUCCAGCAGCAGAAAUAGAAACAGAAACCUAUCCAUAUAUAUACAUAUCCAUAUAUAUAUAUAUAUAUAAGAGAGAAUAGGAAUAUUUAUCAAAUCUGCAUGCCUUGUUGAGAACGGGCGUUCCCGUUCCUUUUAUGCGACUCGCUGUAUGAACAUUUGUCCCCUCCGCGUUUGAGGCGCAGGAAGUGAAGGCCCCCUGGGACAGGGCUAGCACAUUUCCCACGGCCAGAGUCAAACCUCUGGUGAUAACAACCAGGGGGAUACAGAUGGGGAAAUGGAAGCCUGCUAGUCUUGGCAAGGGUGGGCACAAGGUCCAGGGUGUUUUCACCUUGGAACAUUCUGAUGAGGCCCAGUUUGUGUAUAUAGAAACUCUGCCCCACUAGGGGCAGAUCCAUUUUUCUAUCUGUCUGGUAUCUUUGGUGCUUUGUUUUCAUAUUUGCCUGGUGCUAACCUGCCUUUCUGGUGCUACUAUUUUACUGAAGUUGCUCAUGGGGCUGUGGACUGGAGAGGAACUAAUUUCGCUCGUUCAGAGUUUUUGUUUUAAAAGGGAUAAAUUGCCAAGUUCUGUUAGCCAUAUUCUUUCCUGUCCUUGGGUCCUUUGGGGGCACACCUUGGGCACUGGGAAGGAUUAGGGAAGACUCAGCAAGAGGAAACUUGGCCCCACAAAUAAGUGGGAACUUCUCCCCUUCCUCAAGAGUUACCCUGGGAAUCGAUUUCACAGCAAUUCCAAGGGAUUCCUACUCUUGGAUUUGGGAGAUUUAAGAGCCAAGAUGCUGAAUAGGGUUUCUAAGCAGGGGCUGGAGGGGAGAAGCUGCUGGGCAUUCCAGCAGUAGGCACCAGACUGGCAAGGCAUCAGAGGUUUUCAAGAUAAGUUACUAUUUUCAGAAGUUUAUAGAUCAGUUAUAAGAAUGCACCUCUGAGUGCAACUUGGCUCCAGAGUCCCCCCCCUCUAGGGAGCAAUUAUCAUUACUAUUAUUGUUAUUAUUUUUGUUUUCAUGAAAAAAAAAAACUGAAAUAACAGCUGGUAUUAUAUAUCUGCUCUGGGCUUCCAUCUCCUGUUGUCUCAAUGGGCGAGAUAGAGAAGGCUCAGGCUGUAGAUUCCAAAUGAUACCGCACAUAUUUUGUGGGCAGAGGCUUUGCUCACUUUGGUGGCUGGGAGUCCCAGCUGUGAGAGCACAGCGCAAGUAGCAGGAGCUCAUUGGGCUCAUCUGGCUGAAAUGGGACCGAUCCCUUGGCAUUUGCUGAAAUGAGGCGGAUCCCAUAGAAGGCAGGAAGAGCUUCAUGGCAGGGUCCCAAUUCCUGCUGCUACACCUCCCCCUCCCCUCUAGCUUUUUCUAAAUAAUUCUUACAUUAAACAUUUUUGAAUGGACAACAUAUGAAGAGAGUUGAACCAUCCUCCUUUCUCUCACACAUGGUCAGUUGGAUUUGACUUUGUGGAGCAGACACGAUGCUGACAUUUAACUCUAUAUUCCAGGUACUUGGACCUCUCUUUUCCUGUGAUCCCAUAGGCCUGUAUUCUGAGGCUUUGAGCCCUGUUGAUGGAUGUUGGAGUUAGGCAUCUAGAAGGGAGGAUGAGAAAAGGAGGGCGGCACGUGUACCUGACUCCUUCAUCUACUCGGGGAUAUUAGGACUCUGUCAGAACCCUUUCUUGGCUUAACAUAGUAUCUGUUCCAUUGUCCUUGACUCUGCCCAGGGUGAGCUUCCUGGCAUUAGGUGGCACCACAAGAUGGUGUUUAUUUAAGGGUUGCCUUUUCCAUACUCCUCUAGUAUUUGUAGGAUUAUCUGAUGGUCUCCAGUUUGGGGGUACAGAAGGAAACACUCCCAGUCAGUGAUCCCUUUCUUAGACUUGGAUUUCUCUCUUCUCUCUUCAGUUAGCCUUUAAAUCACUCCUGCCAGGGGAACAGAAUUUCCCCCAGCCAAAGGUGUGGGGGUUGUAGUCUGGGAGAGACUUUGAUUUCAGGAAAGCUAGUUUGCUGAGAGAUCCAGGCACACCCCAGAAGUUUUAUGGCUAGGACUCACUGUACAUAGCUUCCAUGUAUUAUUAGCAAAUGUGUAUCUAAACCUUGCAUUUUGGGGGUGGGGUGGGGGAGGCACAUCAUUAGGAUGAGUGCACUUCUUUGUGACCCCUGCUUUUGACAAGGGGUUGUUUUUAUGCUCAUUUUGAUAUGAGACUUGACUCCUGAUUGACAUUUGUAUUAGGAAAUUGACGCAUGAUAUAUACCCAUAUAUGUCUCUGCUGUCUUUUCAAUGCAUUACGGGGAUUGCAUGGGAUAGUGAGCUGGGCUCUUUGGUUAUUGUCUGUAUUCUGACCAUGAGUUCCAUCUCUCAGGUUCCUCAUUAUCCCUCUUUUGCUCUCUCUCUCUCUCUCUCUCUCUCUCUCUCUCUCUCUCUCUCUCCCCUUGUUCUCCAGACACUAAGAAGUCAUUGAUUUUGACGAGCUUCACUGCAGAGCCUCAAAGGAGAUGGAGAGGGGGAGGGAGGGAGGGAAGGAGAGAAGCAGUCAGGCAGGGCUUAAAAUAAAGAAAGACCUCAUCUUGGAUUUCAGCAGACUGACUUGGUACAGCAGAGGGGGGUGGGUUCUGAGAUCAUCGUCUAGGUGCUGGCUUCCAAGGAAGAAUGGCCUGGGCUCAGUUUAAAAAAAAACCCACUACUCUAGAAAAUGGGUUACAUCCCUGGGAGGUGGGGAACGUGGGGUCUGGGGCACUCCUGAGACUUCAAGAUUCUUCAUCAGCAGUCACUCCCUUCAAAGCAAAUUAUUUCUUCUUCUUCUUUUUUUCUUUACCUCCCUCCAAAGUUGGAGAUAACCAGCUGGAACAGCUUUUCAUAUCCUUGAAUAUUUACCAAACAUACAGGAGGAGUCUGGUGGCUUUUUAUCCGCUGCAGGAUAUUGUCAAGAAAUCACCAGAGCUGAGAGUUAAGAGGGAAGCCACAUAACUGCAUUCCCACACAAUUUUGUGGCCUCCAGCCUAGCCAUAAGCAGAGGAAUCAAGCUGAGAGAAAAGAAUCAUUUAGAAGAAAAAUAAGAAAAGACUUCUAGAUGAGUGGGGUGGUGGAGAGAGGACCAGAUUUAGUUAGAGGACCCAGGUUCAAAUCCUGUCCUGGCUGCUUACUACCUGUGUAGCCUUGGUUGAGCGUCAUCUUUCUGGAUUCCAGUUUCCUCAUCCAUUAGAGAAAAAGAGUGAGGGGAUUUUCCUAGGUCUCUUCUGGUCCUAGAUCUUAUUAUCUUAUGAUGAAACCUACCCAGGUUAGGCCAAGCAUUUGCCUUCUUUAAAGGCAGGUUUUAAAAAUUGUAGCCUCCUCCUUUCUGCUUGCCACCUUCCUGUCAGUCCACUGGAGACUUUGCGUCUUUACAGUAAAAUAGGUGGCCUCACUUGACUCUAGUCUUAGGUUAGACAUACAUGAAAGGAAGUCGUUCCUGAUUAGAAAUCUAUUGAGACACUGGUAGGGAUGACUUAGGGAGUAGCCGGAGGGUUUCUUCCAUAUUGAGUUUUAAGUAUAUAAUAGAACUGUCUAUGUUCAUGUUUUGGGGGCUGUCCUGGCUGAUGACAGACUAGGUGAUGCUAGAGGUCCCUUUCAGUGUGGGAAUUAGUCAAAACAAUGAGGUGUGGGUACUCCCCAGUAGGACAAGCGAGUUUGCCAUCCCUUGGCUUCAUAGUUCAAAGCCACUGAAGUUUCCAUCCUUGUGUAUAGCCAUGUGACUGGACCAGGGUCCAGGAGAACUAUCUGGUUCCAUUGAAAAGGAUGUAUUGUUCCAAAUGGACAAGGCUGGGAAUGGUAUCCUCUGGGUUUGUUUUUUUUAACCCAUCCCAUACUUUUAGGAUACUGUUACUUUUCCUUUUAUUUAUUACCUGUUCUGGGUCCCAGUCCCCAGAAACAGCAUGGAAAGAACAUUGACUUUGGUGACAAGAGGACCCAGUUUGAAUUCCAGUUCUAAUACAGGCGACCAGUUUCUACUUGGGCAAGUCAUGUCCCCUCUCCAGGCCUCAGUUUCCUCCUUUGUCAAAAUGAAGAGGUUGGUCUAGUUGAUUCCCAAUUUUCCUUAUAGCUCAAGAAUGGAAGAUCCUAGAAGGAGCAUCUUAUUUGUCUUUCCAUCAUCCCAGGGCAUUGGGUUCUGGAAAAACAUUUCUGCCUUCCAUCUGCUCCCAUUUCCAAAGUCCCUCCCAAACCCAUUCCUUCUGUGGUGCCCCCUACCCUGCCUUUUUGUUUCACUAAAAGCCUGGCUUUUGAAGAAUAAUUUACUUUAGGGAGGGGUUUCUUAACUUGAGAUACACAGACUCCCCAGGGGGUCCCGGAAUAGAUUUCAGACAGCCCAUGAAUUUGGACUGGGGUAAAAUGACAUUUUUAUUUCAAGACAACUGAUUUCCUUUGUAAUCCUAUGUAUUUUAUUAAUUUAAAAACGUUUCUGAGAAGGGGCCUCUAAGCUUCAGCAGACUUCCCAGGGUUCCAGGACAGGAACAAAGUGAAGAACUCUUUUUAUGGGGGAGUCUUGGAGCUGGGCACAGAAUGUUUCUAUAGUGGGGUUUACAGGUUUUACCAUGUGGUUUGUCAGGUCUCCAUGUGUUGCCUAGCCUCAAUGGGGAUGCCACAAGCUUGAGAAUGCACCCUUCUGGUUUCUGAUGUGACAAGUUUGCUGUGCUGAUUUGUAAGAAGGAUUUCAUACCUUGAAAAUGCUUUGUACAUAUUUAUAAUGACUUUAUUAAAAAAUUCACCGUGCUCUUGAGCCUAAAGCCUUGAUCGAUCUUUUCAUUUUUCUCUCCUGAGGGCUCUGGAGGUGGGUUGGGGCUGAGGGGUGGGAAGGGGCUGCUCCCUUGGGAUUCUCUCUUCCCUGUUUGGAGGCCUGAAGAUGGCCAGGACUCAACCCACACAAGAGACUGGAUAGGAAGGGUCAACACAGACCCCCUGCUGUUCCUGAUCCAUGAGUGCUAGAUUUGGGAGUUGGGAGAUGUAAAGAAUUAAUUGUUAUCUGAGGUUUUUAUGACCCCAUCUUUUGGCUAAAAUUAAAAAAAAAACCUCGGGGCGCACACUGGCCUGGGGCUCCGUAAACCAUGGCACUCCACCCACUGAUUGUAGCCGCUGCCAUGGCACUGGCACCUCACAUCAUCACCACUUGCUGACGCCUACAGGGGCCUGGCAAAAUUAUAAUGAUUGGAAGCCCAGUGAGGGCAGUCACGUGACUGUCAGAGCAGCCAGCCAGUUGGCUAGGGGCUGUGUGCGGUCAGCCUGGGGUCUGCUGGGAAGAAGGGAGGUUUUUUGCCAUUCUAGCUUGAAGCUGGAAGGCGACAGGACG